AUGCCCGGCUUCGCCCAAGCAAUGGAGCUCCCAGCGUGGAAGACGCUCCAAGAACACCACGAAAAGCUCGGCCGCGGCAUGGUCCUCAAGACCGAGUUCGAGAAGGACCCGCAGCGCUACGAGAAAUACAGCCGCACCUUCCACAACGAGGCCGACGGCAGCGACACCAUUUUCGACUUCUCCAAGAACUUCCUCACCGAGGAGACACUCCCCAACCUGGUUCAACUGGCGAAGGAGGCGAAGCUGGAGGAGCUUCGCGAUGAGAUGUUCAAGGGGGAGAAGAUCAACUUCACCGAGAAGAGGGCGGUGUAUCAUGUAGCGCUGCGCAAUGUGAAGAAUGAGAAGAUGGAGGUGGAUGGGAAGAGUGUGGUCGAGGGGGUCAACGAGGUGUUGGAGCACAUGAAGGAGUUCUCCGAGCAGGUGAGGAGUGGAGAGUGGAAGGGGUAUACCGGCAAGCCGAUCGAUACGAUUGUGAACAUUGGCAUUGGUGGGAGCGAUCUCGGCCCGGUGAUGGUGAGCGAGGCGCUGAAGCCGUAUGGCAAGGAGGGGAUGAAGUUGCAUUUCGUGAGCAACAUCGACGGCACGCAUAUUGCGGAGGCAUUGAAGGAUAGCAACCCCGAGACGACGCUGUUUUUGAUUGCGAGCAAGACGUUCACCACCGCCGAGACGACGACAAACGCGAACACGGCCAAGCAGUGGUUCUUGAAGAGCGCAAAGGAGCAGGAUAUCGCGAAGCACUUUGUUGCGUUGUCGACCAACACUUCUGAAGUGGAGAAGUUUGGCAUCGACAGCAAGAACAUGUUCGGCUUCAGCGACUGGGUUGGCGGACGCUACUCGGUCUGGUCUGCUAUCGGGUUGUCCGUGUGCUUGUACAUUGGCUACGACAACUUCCACGAAUUCCUGGCUGGUGCCAAUGCGAUGGACCACCACUUCCGGACUGCACCGCUGGAGCAGAACAUCCCGGUCAUUGGUGGGCUGUUGAGCGUGUGGUACUCUGACUUCUUUGGCGCGCAGACUCAUUUGGUUGCUCCCUUCGACCAGUACAUGUCCCGCUUCCCGGCCUACCUCCAACAACUCUCCAUGGAGUCCAACGGCAAAGCCAUCACCCGCUCCGGCGACUAUGUCAAGUACACGACCGGCCCGAUCGUCUUCGGCGAGCCCUGCACCAACGCCCAGCACUCCUUCUUCCAGCUCCUGCACCAGGGCACCAAGCUCAUCCCCACAGACUUCAUCAUGGCCGCGGAGUCGCACAACCCAGUCGAGAACAACAAGCACCAAAAGAUGCUCGCCUCCAACUACUUCGCUCAGGCGGAAGCGCUCAUGAUCGGCAAGACCCCCGAGCAAGUCAAGGCAGAAGGCGCCGCGGACGACCUUGUCCCCCACAAGGUCUUCCUGGGCAACCGUCCCACCACCUCGAUCCUGGCGCAAAAGAUCACGCCCGGCACGCUGGGCGCGCUGAUCGCGUACUACGAGCACUUGACGUUCACCGAGGGCGCAAUCUGGAACAUCAACAGCUACGACCAGUGGGGCGUGGAGCUGGGCAAGGCGCUGGCGAAGGGGAUCCAGAAGGAGUUGGAUGACGCGGGGACGACGAGCGCGCACGAUAGCUCGACCAACUCGUUGAUUAAUGCUUUUAAGAAGAUGGGGGGGUUUGCUUGA